UCAUCCUCCUCCUCUCCCCCGCCGACUCUCACACCCACGGGACACUUGGUAGUAGCGGUGUGCCUGGGCGUCAUUGGCACGCUGGGUUUCCUCACCAACUUCCUGGUGCUCACGCUGUUCUGCCGUUACCGGGCACUGCGCACGCCCAUGAACCUGCUGCUCGUGAGCAUCUCCGCCAGCGACCUGCUCGUGAGCGUGCUCGGGACCCCGUUCAGCUUCGCGGCCAGCACCCAGGGGCGAUGGCUCAUAGGGCGCGCAGGAUGCGUGUGGUACGGCUUCAUCAACGCGUGUCUGGGCAUCGUAUCAUUGAUUUCUCUGGCGGUCCUGUCGUAUGAACGCUACUGCACCAUGAUGAAGCCCACCAUGGCGGACGGCAGGGACUACCGCGCCGUGCUGGGGGGGAUCUGCUUCUCCUGGGUCUACUCGCUGGUGUGGACGGUGCCCCCCCUGCUGGGCUGGAGCAGGUACGGGCCUGAGGGACCCGGGACAACCUGCUCAGUGGACUGGAAGACUCAGACGGCCAACAAUAUCUCGUACAUAGUGUGUCUGUUCAUCUUCUGCCUCCUGCUGCCCUUCAGUGUUAUCUUGUACUCGUACAGCAAGCUGCUCCAGGCCAUCAGGCAGGUGAGCCAGAUGAGCUCUAUAGUGCCUCGGCGCAGAGAGCAGAAGGUCCUGGUGAUGGUGGUGACGAUGGUGGUGUGCUACCUGAUCUGCUGGCUGCCGUAUGGGGUCGCCGCCCUGCUGUCCACCUUCGGCCCCUGCGACCUCCUGACCCCGGAAGCGAGCAUCACGCCGUCACUGCUAGCCAAGUUUUCCACCGUCGUCAAUCCAUUCAUCUAUAUAUUCAUGAACAAGCAGUUCAACAGAUGCCUCCGAGCCUUCAUCAGCUGCUCCCCUCUUUCAAGCAACUCCACACUCAAGUCCUUCUCCAGGGCCACCAGGACGCUACGCACCUUCCGCCAGGAGAGGGAGCACCCCGCCCUGUCGCUGUCCAUCCGUAAAGAGACGUCGGACAAUGGCAAAAAACUCCAGAACCAUCAGAACAACCACCACAGCCCCAGCCCCUCUGCAGACAAGUCCGCCCCACCCUCGCACAGCCCCUCCAAACCCAGAGUCAUCCUGGUGGCCCACUACAGGGAAUAACGCCAAACGG